CCAGGGGGCGCAAAGAGGGGGAGGAGAGGCAGGCUUCGACACCCCCACACACACUCCUUGCGGCCACCCCUGUGGCCGGACCAGGAGGUGGUGUCCAUCCCAAGACCGGAGCCUCGGGCUAGUGAAAGGGCAGACGCUGGGCCUCGGGCCUGUGCCAAUCAUGGGCAGGAUGGGCCGCUGGAGGAUGAGGACUUGUCUUGGAAAAGGACAAUGAUCUUCUCCUGCCUAAGACCCACCCUCCUCCUUUCACUCUACCUAUAUUCCUAGUUCUCUUCUAGGGUUUUUUUGGAGUUCCCAGGGACAGGGACCAAGUAAGAAUCAAAAAGUCCUCUCUACACCCAGCGGAGUAAUACCCUCCGCCUUAUAACCUGUUCACAAGUCCAUCCAACAAUCACCUGGCUUUCUCACCCUUUCUCUUUAUCCAAGGGACCACCCUCUCCCUCUCCAGUUCAUCCCCAGCCGCCUUUGUCCAGCUUCUCUAGUCCUGCCUCCCCAUCUCCUCCACCCCCAUUCUUCCCACUAUUCCCAGCACCGGGCUUCCUAAUCUUAGGAGGCAUCUCUUAUUGAACUAGAGAAUUCCGGGAUCUGGGCCAUAUCCUUAGUGGACAGCCCAUCCUCAGAGAAGGCACAGGAGAAAGGAGGAAGAACAAGGGAGAGAGCGCAAGGUCAGGCCAGGAGACCCCUGAGGACAGAGACUGUGGGGAGACAGAGACUGAGGAGAAAGCACGGGAGCUAGGGCCAGGGCCAAAGGAAGAAAGAGAGGAGCCAGCAGAGAGUUAUUGUGGGGGAGGCUCAGCAGCUGUCUUUCCUGAGACAGGGACAGAUGGGGCUGGUUAUUUCUCUUGUCACAUGUAUAGUGGUAGGAAUGGAAGAGGGCCAUUGGGCAAUCAAGGGCAGGCCUGCACACAGCACUGUGUUUAGAUAGCCAGGUCCCUGUUCCCCCAGUAGAAAGAAAGGCACCUGAGUCCAGUCAAUUUGUUUUUCUUUCUUUUUUAGACAGAUUCUCAGUAUGUAGCCAUGGCUGGCUUGGAACUCACUAGGUAAACCAGGCUAACCUCAAACUCAUAGAGAUCCACCUGCUUCUGCCUCCCAAGGGCUGGGAUUAAAGGUGUGCUUUGGGCCCAGUCUUAACAAACACGCACCCCUCCCUGCCCAGCUCCUUCAAACUGCCCAUAGCCUCUUUCCGAUCAUUCUCUAACACAGGCAACACCUAAAUUGCCAGUUGAGAAAGAGAAAUGCCAAGAAACCGAAGGUGCUGUUGGAUUUCGUCAUCAGGUAUAGUGUUCAGGGAAAAGAAAUUUGGAGAGCUAGGAACUGAGACUCCAUCAAUCUAAAACAUGACCUCUUUUUCCCAUGGACAAAUGUAUUCUGCCAGAUUGCUCCCUGGACUAAACCCUCUCCUCUCUCCCUCAUCCAGAUCCUAAGGUCCCAGGUUCCCUAGGACAUGAGACAGCUCCCCCUAUGUAAAUCCUCACUGGAGUGUGUGUGGGUGGAGGAGCUGGGCUCAAUUCAUGGACCAUGGUCCAGGCAGGGGCUCCAGGUCCAGUAGGUAGGAAAAGAACUCGUCAUUUCCGGGGCCUUCAUCAGGGUUUGGUGGCUCACAGCUUUCUGAUUGGGUGGAAGUGGCCUGGGCAGGCUUGUGACCCUACUGCAGAGGAGGGGCUGUGCCCCAAGGAGUGUCUUCCUACCUACCUGCUCCCCAGAGUGCUGCCUGCUGUGCACCUUGGUCCUGGAGCCCUUCUCCACCCGGAUAGCUUCCUUGGCCCACCUGUGCCCGGCACCACUCUGCACAGAAGUAUAGGAGCUCAAGCCGCCUCCAUGGCCCCAGGAAAGAUUCAGGGGAGAGGCCCCAUUCAGGGAGCCAUUCCAGCCAGACACCCUAGCCAGAAUGGAGCUGACUGAUUUGCUCCUGGUGGCCAUGCUUCUCCUUACUGCAAGAAUAACUCUGUCCAGCCCAGCUCCUCCUGCCUGUGACCCCCGACUCCUAAAUAAACUGCUUCGUGACUCCCAUCUCCUUCACAGCCGACUGGUGAGCAUCCCAAGCACUAGGCCUCCUCUCCACCUAACUGAUAAGAGUCAGUGCCCUGACAUCAACCCUCUGUCUACACCUGUCCUGCUGCCUGCUGUGGACUUCAGCCUGGGAGAAUGGAAAGCCCAGACGGAACAGACCAAGGCACAGGAUAUUCUAGGAGCAGCUACCCUUCUCCUGGAGGGAGUGAUGGCAGCACGAGGACAGCUGGAGCCCUCCUGCCUCUCCUCCCUCCUGGGACAGCUUUCUGGGCAGGUUCGCCUCCUCUUGGGGGCCCUGCAGGGCCUCCUAGGGACCCAGCUUCCCCCACAGGGCAGGACCACAGCUCACAAGGAUCCCAAGGCCAUCUUCCUGAGCUUGCACCAACUGCUGAGAGGAAAGGUGCGCUUCCUGCUGCUAGUAGAAGGCCCCACCCUCUGCGUCAGGCAUGCCCUGCCUGGCACAGCCGUCCCAAGCAGGACCUCUCAACUCCUCACACUAAACAAGCUCCCAAACAGGACUUCUGGGUGGCAGGAGAUGAACUUCAGUGUUGUGGCUGGAACUCCUGGCCCUGGGCUUCUGAACAGGGUUCAAGGACUUGCAACCAAGGUUAUCCCUGGUCAGCUGAAUCAAACCUCCAGGUUCCCAGACCAAAUCCCUGGACACCUGAACAAGACACACGGACCUGGGAAUGGAACUCACGGGCUCUUUGCCACAGCUUCACUUCAGACCCUGGACGCCUCAGUUCUGCCAGGAGCUUUGAACAAAGGCUCCCUGCCACCCAACCUCCAAAGUGGAUAUCCCCCUUCUACCUAUGCUCCUGAUGGACACACACUCUUCUCUCCUUCACCCACCUUGCCCACCCAUAGGUCCCCACCCCAGUUCCACCCCCCACUUCCUGAUCCUGAUCCCUCCACCACUGUGCCUACCUCUGCCAGCCCACGUCCAGUUGCAGUGUACCCCCACUCCCAGAAUUUGCCUCAGGAAGCAUAAGUUACACAGGCACAGCCAGUAUCUGCAGUGUCUCUCAAACACAAGCCUUCCCCCAGGAGAGGCAGCUGCAGCUGCACUAGGCGUCCUGCUUUCCCUGAAACGCAAAGCCCUGGGAAAGGGCUACACGGAACAGGCGAUCAUAAAAUUUCAGGAACUAUUUUUUUAACCUAUCAACAAUAUUCAUCAGAGCAGCUAGUUAUCUUUGGUCUAUUUUCUGUAUAAAUUUGAAAAUCACUAAUUCUCUCUAUGUGUUUUCUACAAAGGCCCAGACAGGCCAAGCCUUAGACGUAGAUAUUAACAUUGUAUCAAAAAACAAAAAGGUCAUUUCCUUUGCUCUAAAUUUAAGCCCCCACCCCAGUGCCCUCAUUCCUUUCUGUGUCAGUGAGACUGGUCCUCUUGAUAAAGGAAUAACAAGUUACCUCUUAGACAGGCGCCCCUAUUUAGAGACAAAACUAAGCCUGUAGGAGAAUAAAUGAGAGCAUCCAAGAGCCAACUAAAACUCAAGGGAGCAAUAUUCUUCUCCAGGGCAACAGAGCUCCUGGACCCUGCCUCCCAAGAAAGCUAACAGGAAGCCUGGGAAACCCCAUUCCCCAGGUAAGGCUGUGUAAAUGGUUCAGUAAAGACUAGACCUGGACGAGGCAGCUGAGCAAACAGCUAAGUGCAUCAGCAGCUCAGCAGGAGCUUAGCCAGGCCUGGGCUCCUGCUUCCCUCCUGUGGAGGUCAGGCGGAAGUGCAGGAAGUGGCAAGAGUAAGGCUCCAUAGCUCACGCAGCAGGGAAAGCUCAGAGCAGCUAAGGCUCUUUCUACUUCCCACAAAUGCAUCUAAAAAGCAGCCUUGUUUGACUACCAUGAACUCCACUGGGAACCCCCAAAAUGAAGGCAAACUUCUGGGGUUUUGCAAGUCAAGUGCUUUGUUGGUGCUAGAAGUUUACGUUACAAAAACAAAACUGUAUUGCCGGGGUCAACCUGCUACCCCAGAGCCUGUGAGAGGCUGGUGGGAGUGUCUUCCUACUCCUGUCCCAGAGUAAAGGAGGAGGCUGCCAUGUAGGUGAGAAGCCAGGAUCUCAGAAUUCCAAACACUGCUGCCGCAAAAGCAAGAAAAUGGUGUUUUUCACAGAGGCAACAGGUGCCCCAGAAUCUCCCCCACAACUCUGUAUGGUAGAUAUUAGCCAUCUGUUUUACACAUGAAGACACCAAGGCCAAAAGGGUUUCCCAAUGGUCACGGCCUUCAAGAAGGAAAAGGAUACCCAGCCUGAGUCACAGCCCAUUCAUCUACUCAGUGUGGUGCCGUCUGAUGCCCUCCAGUGAGUCUAUGUAAUACAGAGAUUUCCACAUCCUUGGAGAGUAUGUA